GGGCCUAGACCGAUACCCCAGCUUUUACCCAGCUUUUAGCUUGGCUUUAUUAUAUAAGCCGGGGUAUAACAAUUUCAAGCCCCUAUUAUUACCUAGAGAGCUACGAACAAUAAAAAUACAUGCUCAUUUCUAGGUUUACUUACACUUGCCACAUGAUAGGAGGGAGUGUUGAAGAUAUCAUUGAAUGUUUAUCAUCUCUCUCGGAAACUUCAGAAUGAUAGGUAACAAUGUACCUAUGUAGGCAACCUCACAUAAUAUAUCUCUCCACUAGAUACCUAGAUGGUCAGUGCAAAACGUAAAGACGGCUUGGUUCACGCUUUAUGAUAGUGAUAGAUGCCAAAUUUCUCUAGUAAAUCAUAGAAUAAGUAGGCCUCCAUCGUAUCUUCAAAGAGGGGUUUUGGAAUUACCUACUGUACCGCCAUAGCAACUGCGGCUUGCAUGCAAUGACCAAAUGUGAGCACCCGGGUAACCUCAACACUGAAAUAAACAAACCAACCUAUCUCCGCAAGCCACCAAAGCAUCAUCUGUACCACCAAGAAACCACGCUAAAUAGCAAGCCGUCGUCAAUUGUCAAUUACUAUCACGAAAAAUGCCAAGCACCGGCGAAAACGCAGUAAUUGGCGUCGUAGUUGUCUUCCUAGUCCUAGGCAUCGUCGUUCUGACCUGGCGCGGCGUCACAUUCAAGGAGUUUUUCGCGGAGCUUAUGUACCGCUCUAAACAGGCGUCUCGUAGCAGUAACCAGCAAUCGUCUAUGAGCAAUCUGCAGGAAGCACCCGUGCUAGCUUCCGUCGUAACUCCUAUACAGAUUACCGUGGAAACUCCCCCGAAACCUCCCACGAAGCCUCCUACAAAUCCAACCACAAACCCACCCGCGAAAACUCCCGCGAAAACUCGCAAGAAAGCCCCCAAGAAAGCCCCCAAGAAAGCUUCCGUGAAGACUUCCACACAACCUCCUAAGCAAGACCCCGUACAAACUCCCAUAGAGCAAAAAGACCAAACCCCCUCGGCUCCUCAGGAGGCGCCCGCGUCGACAGUUGCGAAUGUUUAAUAAGGUGAGCCGGACGAGUCUUCUUU